GUGCACCACCAAAACUGUUGGGUGCACCUAGCAGCACUCAAGGCAAGGCAAGGUAGGCACAGCACAAUCAUCAGUUGUUGCGGACUGAGUCGUGUGUCGCGUUGUUGGCAUUAGAAUUGAUCGAUUUGGGGUUGGGGCGGAAAGCGGAAACGACGUCAUUCGUAGUUGGGAAGAAGAUGAGUUCGCAGCAAAUGCAGAUGCAAAUGCAAAACAGCGGUGGCAGCAGCAGUAUCAGCAGCAACAUCCCAGUGAGCGAGGUUUUCUGGACUCUCGUCGACAAAGCCGACAAGAAGUUCUCCAAAAUCAGAGACCUUCCCUUCUACCAACGCAGCAGGCAUGAUACUUACUUUUAUAAGGUGUUCAAGGUCUACACACAAUUAUGGAAGUUUCAGCAGGAGAAUCGGCAGAAGCUGAUUGAGGCUGGGCUCAGGAGAUGGGAGAUUGGUGAGAUUGCAUCUCGCAUUGGGCAACUGUAUUUUGGGCAGUACAUGCGCACAAGUGAUGCAAAUUAUCUAUCAGAGUCGUAUAUAUUCUACGAGGCCAUAUUGACUCGGGAGUAUUUUAAGGAGGGGUUGUUUCAAGAUGUUAAUAUUGCAAACAAACAAUUGAGGUUCCUAGCUAGAUUCAUAAUGGUGUGUUUGGUGUUGAACCGAAGGGAAAUGGUGCAGCAAUUGGUUAAUCAGCUUAAAGUAUUAGUUGAUGAAUGCAAGAGAACAUUCCAGGAAAGUGACUUUAAAGAAUGGAAGCUGGUGGUUCAGGAAAUUGUCAGAUUUUUAAAAGCGGACACUGCUUUUAUAAAUAUCAGGCCCUUGAGAUACAGUCUAGUUUUGGACUCUCAUCCUGAUACUUUACCCCAUGUAGCUGCAGCCAUCACAAAGAGACAUUUGAAACUACAAGAUGCUGUAUUAAGUAGCUUCCAUCCAAAUGAGGUAAAGUAUUCAGAGCUCACCAUUGACACUUUUAGGAUGCUUCAAUGUCUGGAGUGGGAACCUAGUGGCUCAUUUUUCCAGUCUAGUAGUUCAAAACUUAGUCAAAAUGGGGCUACUGGAACUAGUCGUAUCAGUUACAUCCAAGACAUUGCUGAUCCUACCUUACCUGCAAACCCACGGAAAGCUGUGCUAUAUCGUCCUUCACUGACACAUUUUAUAGCUGUUCUUGCCACAAUAUGUGAGGAGCUUCCUUCUGAUGGUAUUCUCCUUGUGUAUUUGUCGGCUUCAGGAUAUUGUGGUUCUGCCCAGAAUGAAUCUGGUUGCAUACACUUUGGUCCUCGUGGAGAUAGAGGAUCAAACUGCAUAUAUCCAUCUGACUUUCUACCGUUUACUAGAAGACCACUUCUUUUAGUCAUUGAUAACGACAACAGCAAAGCUUUUAAGGACAUAGCAGAAGCGGAAAAGGGAGAAUCAGUUGCUAUGCUCCUUUCUCCAAGCUGUUCGCCUGCUUUGUCUGAUUGCUCACAUAAUUCAAAUGGGAGCCUAUUCACCAUGUUUCUUACAGCUCCGCUGCAAGCUUUCUGUAUGCUGUUAGGACUUUCAGGCACUGAUAUUGAUUUGGACCCAUUCAACAAAGCGGAAAUGCUGCUCUCAUCUUCAUUAAAUAACUGGGGACUAGCAUUGGCAACAUCAGACACACUUAAUCCUGUUUGGGGACAGAUUUUCGGUGAUCCCUUCAUAAGAAGGCUUCUUUUGAGAUUCAUAUUUUGCCAGGCUGUGUUGACCCUAUAUGCACCAGUUUACAAUGACAACAAAUUCCUUCCAACAUGUGUCCCUUCUCUUCCAACGCCUGUCCUGCCCCCAAGUUACUCGUAUCAGAGUGUCAUUCUGAAUCUAGCCAGCAUGUUUGGUGCAACUAAGCAUUUUAUCUUCUCAGAGGAUGUUCUUCCUGAAAAUAUACAAACCAACAUCAUGAAUCAGUUAACUCUAUGAAGAUAACCAAAAGCUUCACUUCAGUAGAAUGAUAAUGUAUACAGCUUGUUUGUAUAGCAAGAAAACAUGAAUUCUAUCAACAUUUCUGUUUGUUCCUGGUGGAUUUCCUAGAAUUUAAGUUCAGCCUUUAGUGUGAACAUGGUUUUUUGUUAUCGAACUUUUUUUUUGGAUCUUAGGUUUUGUGCCUUUGACAAGAGAACUUCUAACGUGGAUUGAAUUUCAAUAUGUUCGUUACAUAACAAGUUUCAUGGUCGAGAAGAAUGGAAUAGAGCAAGGGGAAGGAAGUUUUGCAUAGAAACCUUAUUUUUUUUCUUUCGCUACGACCAUUGUCGUCAUGCUUUAAUGUUUCUUCACUUAAAUGCUUCGUUAAUGUUUUGUAAUGAAUGCAAUCAUGGCAUUUUCUCUGCA